CAUGUGAUGACGGACAGACUGUAUCACCGGAGCGAUGCUUGAAGUCACUCUCAUCAGCAACAAAGCGAAGCAACAGCAGCACUGACGUAAACCAUCCACCACAUCACCGGAAACAUACGGACCCGAACCGACACCAUAUCGUCUCCUCCGCAGGACGUUUAGGAUGGAAACGGAGCGCUGAGAGAGAGACUGGGAUCGUGAGGAUGCUCGGACUCCAAUUCACGGCAACGUUUGAAAUGCGCGUUAAAUGGAGACUCAUGACGAGAGAUGCUGCAGGGUGCCGCAUUGCCUGGCCGCUUGACGAUGGUAGGAUAGAGCAGCGCUUUUAACCGUGAUGCUCGUUCUUAGAUGCUUUCGGGGUGGGAUUUGUAGUCGAUUGAACGCCUCAGAUUUGAUCAUACGCAAACUAAGACGAUUUCAGCCUGCUUAAGCCAUACGUGCAUAUACACGUAUACAAUCGAUGAGCACGACCAGAUGAAUGUAUGUGAAUUUACGUUGCAGAACAAGCAUUAAUAACCCCACAAUACAGGUGAACUCAGAUGGAGUAUAUGAGGUGAACUAACAGUGUCGUAGCUUACACUCAGGACCAUCUCCAAAGUCAGGUUUUUAUUUGCAAGCACUGCAGCGAUAGGGCUCUUUAUGAUUGGUAUUUUCAUCAUCAGUCACAUAGGGAAUAUAUAGUGAUAGUAUAUAGAGUACAGUAUAGUCAGUCUUGGUCCAGUGCAAGGACAAUGACUCAUUUACAGGCAGGCCUGUCUCCAGAAACCCUGGAGAAAGCCAAGGUGGAGUUAAAGGAGAACCCCGACACUUUGCAUCAGGACAUACAGGAGGUGAGGGACAUGAUCAUCACCCGUCCAGACAUUGGCUUUCUCAGGACAGAUGAUGCUUUCAUCCUGCGCUUUCUUAGAGCCCGGAAAUUUAACCAUUUCGAGGCCUUCCGCCUCCUGGCCCAGUACUUUGAGUACCGGCAACAGAACCUAGAUAUGUUCAAGAACCUCAAAGCCACCGAUCCGGGGAUCAAGCAGGCUCUGAAGGAUGGAUUUCCCGGGGUUCUGUCCAAUUUGGAUAGAUACGGGAGGAAGAUUCUGGUUCUGUUCGCAGCAAACUGGGAUCAGAGCAGGUACACUUUUGUGGAUAUUCUGCGAGCUAUUUUACUUUCUCUGGAGGCAAUGAUAGAAGACCCCGAGCUACAAGUAAAUGGAUUUGUCUUGAUCAUUGACUGGAGUAACUUCACUUUCAAGCAAGCUUCCAAGUUAACUCCAAGCAUGCUGAGAUUGGCAAUUGAGGGCCUGCAGGAUAGCUUUCCAGCAAGGUUUGGAGGGAUUCAUUUUGUCAACCAACCUUGGUACAUCCACGCUUUGUACACAGUCAUCCGGCCUUUCCUCAAGGACAAAACAAGAAAAAGGAUUUUCAUGCAUGGAAACAAUCUGAACAGCUUGCACCAGCUGAUCUUGCCUGAGAUUCUGCCGUCUGAGCUGGGUGGCAUGCUGCCUCCUUACGACAUGGGCACCUGGGCCAGAACGUUGCUUGACCACGCAUAUGACGAGGAGACGGACUACUGCCCCGAAUCCUAUACCUUGUCUGUCAAAGACCUGGAGAAAGACCUGUCCCCCAAAACUAUGAAGAGGUCCCAGUCCGUGGUGGAACCAGGUGUCCUGAAACGACCAGAAAAAGUGAAAAGCGAAGAAGAAAACAUGCAGCCGCUGCUUUCUCUGGACUAAAGCUUUUAAUUCCCCAGGCAACAAGGAAACGUCAAGCCCAGUACGCUGGGGAGGAGCGCACCUUGUUAACGCAAGAAAAAAAAAUGUACAAAGAAAGGAAAUGUUAAAAAGCGAAAGAACACACGAACAGCCUCCAGGAACACUGCAGAGAGCUGCCAGUUAAAAUCAUAUUUUUGAAGCAAAGAGCUAACGGCGGGCGUCCGUAUGUAAUUGUCAAGUGCCAAUUCAAAUUUGUAAAUACACUUCAGUUCUAGACGUGAGAUUGAGGGAGUAAUUGUGAUAUGAACCUGUAAAGACUGCUGUGAAUAUCCUUUGUGUGCUUC